UCCUGUCCAGUGGCCAUAUUGAAAUCUCAAGUCUAAGUACUCUGAAGGUACUGGGUGGUUGUCUAACUGGAAGUCUUUAAAAUAUCGUCUAUUUAUACCAGAGGGAUUUGAGCAAGACAUUCCACCUGAGACUCUGCCUGUACUGGACGGCAAGUUGUCUCUGACUUUUGUGGGAUAAUGAGUCCAACCGAUGCUAAACGAGGUGCUAAACGCAGGAAGAACAAGCGGGGCGGUGGCAGCAGUAGCUGCAGUAGUACUGUCUGCAGUACCAGUGGCAAGGCCGGGGUUUCAGCCACGGACCUGAGUCUUCAAGCCACGGCAACACCCGUGUCUACCAUGGGCUUUCUGACACCAGGGAGCUCAGGAAAUGGGAACAUGGGCUCUAUAACAGGCCUUAACGGAGAGGUCUCUAUGAACGGUAACGUUACACCACAGUUUUCGGAGGGGCCGGUGAAUUCCGACUUCUCUGGAGUCCUUCAGACCCCAUUCACAUUUGGCCUGAGCCAGAGGGCCCCAUAUUCCACCACCGGCGACCGCUGCCUCCUGUGCCGGAGUGAGCGCAAGCCAGACAGCACCCUCCAUCCGGACGCGAUGCUCCCCGGGGCGGGGCUGAACGGUAUGGCACAGCCCCCCAAGUCCCCCAGCGCUCUGCAGCUGCCCCUGUGGGUGUGCCCCGACUGCCGGCGCACGGUGGAGAAGGAGGACCGCCACGCCUCCCUGGAGCAGUCGCUGGUGAGCCAAGACUUCCUGUUGCACAUGCCUGUGGGUAACGGAGGCUUGGGCCAGGAGCUGCCCGCUGCAGGGGGCAGACUGACCAAUGGUGGCACACCCCCAACCCUCCCCGCUCUCCCCAUCCCGGACCUCACCACCCCUAUGACCGCUGAUACUGUGUGCAGUUGUGAGGCCUGCAACGAGAGACGGGAGAUUUCGGCCGAGUCAGAGCGUGAGUCCCAGCUGCUGCAGAACCACUGGUCGGAGGUUCGCUACCUAGUGCGGUGCAUCUACCGCCAGACAGGCACGCCGCUGGCCGACGACCACGACCAGCCCCUUGACCGCGACAAGGAGGGCAUGAAGGAGCUGGUGGACAGGCUGUGCGAGAAGGACCCGUACCAGCUCUACCAGAGGCUGGAGCAGCAGGCCCGCGAGUACGUCCUAGAAAUGAAGGUGCGCCUGCUCAAGCACCUAUCGACCGGUUCCAAGGCUGCGGCGGCCGCCGCCCAGGGCCCCCCACAGGCCCACCAGUUCAUCUCGCUGCUCCUGGAGGAGUACAGCGCCCUCUGCCAGGCUGCGCGCACCAUCAGCAGCUUCCUCCUCACCCUGGAGAACGAACACCUGCAGAAAUUCCAGGUGACGUGGGAGCUGCACAACAAGCACCUUUUUGAGAACCUGGUGUUCUCCGAGCCCAUCCUGCACAGCAGUUUACCUGCACUGGUUGCACAGCUGAGGCACGGCACGGCCUCCCACGACUCGUACAGCGAGGACAUGUACAGGACCCUGCUGGAGAGCUACCAGCAGCUGGAGCAGGAGAUGGCCGCCGUGGCGGCCGAGUGGCAGGAGUGUGAGAAGAGGAUUGACGACUACGUCGACGAACAGCUGCUUUUUAAGGUGGAGGGCCAGAAUCUCACAAAUCAACGGACAGAACCACAUAAAUCUUUAAUUAGCAAAAAUACUUUGAAAACAAAACAACGGAUGCUGAAGGAAGACUGGGAAUUCUUUAAACAGAGGAGGUUUAUAGAAGAACAGUUAACCAACAGUAAGAAAUCUUUAGCUGGUGACAGUAACUUUACAGACACGAUGAGAAUGCUCUCCUCUCGUCUCAGCAUUCCAGACUGUCCAAAUUGCAAUUAUCGAAGACGAUGCACCUGCGACGACUGCAGCCUCUCCCACAUCCUGACGUGCGGCAUCAUGGACUCGCCCAUUGCCGAGGACCUCCACAUCAAGCUGCCGCUUCAGGCCACGGAGCCCCCACAGCACCGGGACUACCUGGCCGAGGUGCACCCCCCCAGUCUGUCCUCCAGGGGCAGCUCAGCCUCUGCUUCGGCCUCCAGCUCGCCCAUCACCAUACAGCAGCACUCGCGCCUCAUCCUGCCAGAAGGGGUCGCCACCACCUUUGGUAGCGACGAGGACGAAGUGCCUCCGCUGUUGGGCAAGUUUGCGGACAUCUACCCCAUGGGGGGCUACGAGGACCCAGGGGUGGUGGCCAGGAUGAACGGCCUGCACAGCGAGCUCAACGGUGGCGGGGAGAACAUGGCGCUCAAAGAUGAGUCUCCUGGAGGGAGCAGCAGCAGCAGUAGUUCGUCAGAGGGUGACGAGGAGGAGGCUGACGAGGAGAGCGGCGGGGAGCCUCCGGGCCAGCGGGGGGAGCUUUCGCCAGGGAAGAGCAACAACAGCCCUCCGCCCUACUACCCACAGCAACAGGUGGAACAGCACGCCUGCGAGUGCCACGUGUGCAACCAGGACCUGUCCUCCUCCCUUGCCCCCCUGGGCCCAGCCACCCCCCUCUCCCCCAGCCAGAUCCACACACCCCCCUCCGGCCACCACCACCAGUUCUUCACUGGGGGUGACAACCAGACCCCCAGCCACCCGGCCCUCCACCUCUACCCCCACAUCCACGGCCACCUGCCCCUGCAUAACCUCACCCACUUGCCCCGGCCCCUGCUGCACCCCACACUCUACCCCAGCCCCCCCCCCUUUCACACAGCACGGUGACCUAUUCCCCUUGCCCCCACGUCGAGCCACACAGGGCCCAAGCAGCAGGCCUUCAGCCCCUCCCUGCCGGACCACGUCUACCAGAACUGCUUUGGUGGCGGCGCUGGUGACUGGAACAGCUCGCUGCAGUGCCUCUCGCUCAAGUUCGAGAACAUCUGCGACGCUGCCAUGAUGAAGAAUUGGAACCCAUCAGUGCUGCUACAGGAGCCCCUGCCAGGGGACAUGCUGGGACCGCCUCGGCCGAACCCACCCCCCCUUCACCUCCUUCCACCCUCGCCGUCGGAGCAGCAACAGCCCCUGCCCAGGGAGAGGAAGAACGGCGCCAAAAAGAAGUGUCUCUACAAUUUCCAAGAUGCCUUCCUGGAGGCCAACAAAGUGGUGAUGGCCACCUCUGCCUCCACCGCCUCAGUCUCCUGCACGGCAACCACUGUCCAGUCAAGUAAUAAUCACAUCCAAGUUUCAUCUAAAAGACCCAACUCCUUAGGUGAUGUAUUUCACAAUAUAGGCAAAGAGGACCAUAGGCAACAACCUGGCCCCAUCGCCCCUAGGAAUAGCCCCACAGGCCUGGCCUCCCUCCCUCAGCUCUCGUCUGGCCCAGCCCUGCCUCUUGCCCCUGGCCCCACCGCCCAGCAUCACUACGCCAGCAUGGGCUCGCAGCCCUUCCCAACGACUCCCACCACGGCCCCAGGCUUCAUGGAGGCCCACCACCAGGGCAUGUGCUUGUCCCCAGCCGAGCCACCUGACGCCGCCCCAGCCGACGGGGCCAUUAGCGCCCCGCCCAGCGUGUGCAGUGACCCCGAAUGUGAGGGCCACCGCUGCGAGGGAAACGGGGCGUACGACCACCAGGGCUACGACGGCGAGGAGAGCCAGGACGAGGAUAGCUGCUCGGAGCACAGCUCUUCCACCUCCACCUCCACCAACCAGAAGGAAGGGAAGUACUGCGACUGCUGCUACUGCGAGUUCUUCGGCCACGGCGGGCCCCCGGCGGCGCCCACCAGCCGCAACUACGCGGAAAUGCGCGAGAAGCUGCGCCUAAGGCUGACCAAGAGGAAGGAGGAGCAGCCCAAGAGGGAGGAGCAGCCGGCUGUGGUGGAGCGCGACAGUGGCGCCGAUGGCAUAGAGGACCACCGGCGGGUGGAGGACCUGCUGCAGUUCAUCAACAGCGCCAGUGACAACAAGCCUGCCUCCAGCUCCAAGGCUGCAAAGCGGGCCCGCCACAAACAGAAGAAGAUGGAGGAGAAGGUGCGUCUGGAGGCGGAGGCCCGCGAGCGGGAGGAAGAGCAGGUGCAGCAGCUCCUGGAGGAGGAGCAACGGCGCCGGGAGGAGGAGGAGGCCCUCCAACGGGAACUGCUCCGCCUGCAAGAGCUGCAGCACCUCCGCUCCGUCAAGAAGAAAAAGGAGAAAGCCAAGGAGCUCGCCGCCCCCGUACGUCAGAACAACCCCCAGCCCCUCAAACAGACGGCCCAGAACGUCCUAGAGAACCUCCGCAACGGCAAGAACCAGCUCCUGCACAGCCUCAUGCGCCUCCCUGGCCACAAGGAUCCCAGAGUGGAACACCGACCCCAGCCCCGGCCUCCCACCUCACAGCACAGUCCAAAGAACAGCAGGGAGAAAGCCCCUACUCCGGCCCCCUUCACCCCAAAUGCCCCCAACUCCCCAGCCCCCCUUCCUUCUCAACGGCACCUCUGUGCACCCCAACCGAUGGAGGCCAAUGGCAAAGCCAAGCCAAAACAGCAGCAGCCAAUCAGGCCAACCGCCAGCGGGACAACGAUGGUCAAGAAAGCCCCAGAGGCGACCACCACUAACAGUACACAACAACUACCACCAGAUGUCAAAGUGACCCGGCCCAGGCUUCCCGCUGAAGACCCGGUCGUCCCUCUGGCACCGGGACCCAGGAAGGAGGAGAGGAACAACGGGAAAAGGCAGCACCAUCAGCAGUCUGUGAGCCAGGUGAAAGAUGAGAGGAGCCGACCCUUGUUGGAGCCCUCCCCUGCCUCGCAGACUGAGCAGCCCCAGCAGAACGGCAAACCCCUCAGCGCAGAAUCCCCCCAGCCCAAGGCCAAGGCCAAGAAGAACAAGAAGAAGAAGGCCGACAAGACAAACAACUCAAUAGAUGAUGUUUUCUUGCCCAAAGACAUUGAUCUGGACAGUACUGACAUGGACGAGACUGAGAGGGAGGUGGAGUAUUUCAAAAGGUUCUGCCUGGAUUCCGCCAGGCAGACCCGACAACGGCUGUCCAUCAACUGGUCCAACUUUAGCUUGAAGAAAGCAACGUUCGCCGCCCACUGAUGGGGCCUCGCGUAAGACAAAGAAAAAGAGACUGUGGCAGGAAGCAAUCGGCACCCCCCCACUCAAACUGCUACCACCGAUCCCGUAGCCCUGCUGUGCCCAAAUGGCGCACACUCACGCUGCCUUCGCCUUGUUCUUUGUUGCUGUGCGGUUCUACCAUGAACCCAUCCUCCGGUCUGAUCCUCAAGCAGAACUCUGAGAGAAAAAAAAAUGACAUUAAAUGACACACACAAGAAUAAUCACAAAAUGCUACUUUCUACCUGGUUUUGUUUUUAUUGCUCGUUUGUGUUUUUAGUCUGAGGGGCAUUUCUCUUGACUUAAAAAGCCAAGUUCUGAAAUUCAGUUCCUCUAUUUUUUUUGCCUGACUCGUAGUCAAAAGAUCCUUACUAUGUAUGCCUUGUGAAAACAGACACACACAUGGAAAAAUUUGGAGAGAAAAAAAAUAUCUGAUUAAAGCCUUUCAUUCAGUUACUGUGGCUUACUAUCCACUUGUUACCCACGAUUCCUAGCACGGCAUCUCAUUCAGAUAACUGACAAGGGAAUGAAUGGGUAUGGUCUGCCAUACUCUCCCCUGCCCCAACAACUCUCACUUGACUGAGAGGAACUUGGCUUAAUACUUGACAACGUUCUUUUUUUAUUUUUAUCUUUUCAAUUUCAUUUAACACAACCGAUAAGUGUACCAGUUAGUUUUUAUUUUGUUUUCUUUCCUAUUUUUGACUUGUAUCCAGCUUGUAUCACAAUACUUUCAGAAUGAAAUUGAAGAAAAGAACAAUGCACACUAUCAAACUGUUAUAGAGUGUAUAUUGUAUUAACACUGAAGCCAAACUGGCUACCUUUUAACAUAUUGUUAAGUAAUAUUAAAAUCUUAUCUUUCUUUUUUGAAAGAUGGAAUACAGUAGUAUGGCAGGA